AUAUAUAAUGGAUUAUGAGUGGAUCUUUUCUUAUAUACGUCGAUAUCUAGGACUCUAAACGAGCCGAGUGAAACAGUGCUAGGCUCGUGUUUAAGCUCGACUAAAUAGUUAGUGCCCGGGCUUAAAUUUGAGCUUGUUCGAGCCAUAAAUCUAUUUUCUGUUAGCAAUAUGUCAUCCAUGAUCUAAACCAGUGUAAAAAUAAUUCAAAUAGAAUUGAAUUUUAUGCAUCAGCUGGUAACAGUUAGCUUUAUAAGUAUCUAUAGUCUCUAUACGCAAAUUUAGCAGCUUUCUCCUUAACUCAAUUCUCUUGAAUCCGAUCACAGAAAAUUUUUGAAGGCGCGGGGAUGGAAGGCGAGAUGAACAACUUCGCCAUGGUAUGGAUCACAGUCUUGGCUUCCCUAUACUAUUGUUACACCAUAGCUAAAUUCAUCCCAAAAGGCACCACUAGAUUUUUAGCCAUUCUUCCAAUUUCGAUCCUUUUUCUACUUCUUCCUCUCAAUCUUACCACAGUGCAUCUUGGAGCUAUAUCUUCUUUCCUGAUUUCAUGGUUAACAAACUCGAAAAUCCUCCUCUUUGCCUUUGGCAAAGGCCCUUUGUCGACCACCCCGCCAAUCCCUUUGUCACAUUUCAUCCCCCUAGCUUGUCUUCCCAUCAAAAUUCAUGAUCACUCAAAUGAUCAAGAAUUGAAAGAAACCCCUUCUCAGCAUACGCGUCAAAAACAAAUCAAAUCGGUUUUAAACUAUAGUAUUAAGAUUUGUCUAUCAGUCUUACUGAAGAAAGUGUAUGACUAUAGACAAAAUUUCAAUCACAAUUUUAUGUUGUUUCUGUAUUGUUUGCACUUGUACUUAGCUCUAGAGUUGUUAUUAGCUAUGUUAGCUGCUCUCGCUCGAAUUCUCAUGAAAGUAGAAUUGGAAUCGCAGUUUGAUGAACCUUACCUCGCAACUUCUUUACAAGAUUUCUGGGGCAGAAGGUGGAAUGUAAUGGUUUCUGAUAUUCUGAAGCCUAGUGUGUUUCAACCGACCCGAGAAAUCUUCUCGGGUCUAGUUGGGCGAAAAUGGGCUACGUUUCUCGGUGCCCAAGCCACGUUUUUUGUUUCUGGUUUAAUGCAUGAGUUGUUUUUUUACACUUAUAGUAGACAGAAGACAAGAUGGGAAGUCACUUGUUUUUUUCUUCUUCAUGGAGUGUCUUUGAGUGUUGAAAUGGUACUGAAGAAGACGUCGAAAGGGAAAUUCCGGCUUCCGGGGAUGGUUUCGAGACCUCUGACAAUAAUGUAUGUUGUGAUUACAGGCUGCUGGCUGUUCUUUCCACCGUUUCUGAGGGGAAAUGCAGAAGCAAAAGUUUGUAAAGAGUAUCGUGCUUUUGUUGAGUUUGUUCGGAAUGGUAGGCUUGUUAGCCCAAAUAAUAUGUCUUGCCCCUAGUUAGACUCCUUCCGUCCCUUUUUACGUGUCCUGUAUAAUUAGCCCGGUUUAUCCGUGCCGAGAAAAUAUAUGAUAAACGAAUCAAAGGUCCUCGUGUUAGAAACACUUUACCAUUCUGAA